GUAACGCGCGCACGUACACGGCACGGUACCCCCACUCCCUGGCCACCACUGCUUCGCCUCGACGAGAUCCAUACCUCCCGGGCUCCCGGACGCGCGCGUGCUAGCUCGCUCGCCGAUCGAUCCAUCGUCUCCACGUACGGCCGCGCGAAGGCACGUAGUGAGGUACGUGAGGCAGCAGCAGCAGCAAGCAUGGCGGGUGCGGCGUCGCCGGACCACCUGUUCGGCCUUCGCAACAGCUUCUACGUCGGCGCGUACCAGGCCGUCAUCACCGGCGUCCAGGCCAUCCCCGCGCGCGCUGCCCUCUCCCCCGACGCCCUCGCCGAGCGCGACUCCCUCCUCUACCGCUCCUACAUCGCCAUCGGCUCCCACCAGCUGGUGAUCGACGAGAUCGGGCCGGGCGCGGCCACGCCGCUCCAGGCCGUCAGGUUGCUCACGGUGUAUCUCUCCGGCGGCGCCGGCGGCAAGGAAUCCGCGAUCAGGAAGCUGAACGAGCUCCUGGCAGAUGAUGCGGUGGGGAGCAACCCGAUUCUCCGGCUGGUUGCAGGGACGGUUCUCAUGCACGAGCGGGACUAUGCCGGAGCACUGAAGCACACAAAUUCUGGUGGGACUAUGGAAUUGCUUGCGAUGAAUGUUCAGAUAUGCCUCCAGAUGCACAGGUCUGAUCACGCAGAGAAACAGCUGAGGAUAAUGCAGCAAUUGGACGAAGACCACACACUGACGCAGCUCGCAAACGCAUGGGUAGACCUUGUCAUGGGCGGGUCCAAGAUCCAAGAAGCGCACCUCAUCUUCCAGGACUUGUCAGAGAAGUACCCAGCAACUUGCUUAAUUCUUAAUGGUAAAGCACUGUGCCUGAUGCACAUGGGUAACUUUGAAGAUGCAGAGGGAUUGCUGCUGGAAUCACUGAACAAGGAUGCCAAGGAUGCAGAAACUCUAGCCAACCUCGUUGUGUGCAGUCUGAACCUAGGAAAGUCUGCAUCCCGCUACCUGAACCAACUGAAGCUGGCACACCCAGACCAUAUGCUGGUUAAGCGAAUGUCCUCUGCUGAAGACAGUUUCGACAGAGCCUGCCAAGCGAUAUCAUGAUUUCUGCAGUGCUGUUACUUACUUUGCUGUUAGAUAAACCAAAAGCAAUGCAACACUCUGAUCUUGUCAUGACCUAGACAAGCUAAUUUUUGUUCAUUAGCAGUUCAUGAACAAUCAACAGAAGUACUACACUUUGUCAAUAAAUUGGUACGAGUACAUCAGUAUCUUUACUGAAUAAAAUUACGGAGUACGGAGUACUAUCUCU